GAACUAUCUCUGAUACAUUACUGGGACUGUCCGGUUAGAGACCGUCUCGUUAUCGGGCUUUUCAAUGCAAUGCUGGGCUGGCACAGAUCAAGAACAAUACAGGGACAAGAUACAUCAUAUUUUAGAAGUCUAAAUUGUGGAUGGCUCACAUAGAGGACCGGCGCUAUGUGGAGCUGUGCCAGGACUCAGUGCGUCUGACUGCAGAGAGUGUGGGCAUGGAGGUUACAGAUGAGGUGGCUGCACUUCUUGCUGAGGAUGUGUGUUACCGCCUCCGGGAGAUCACACAGUUCAGUGCACAGUGUCUUAGACAUUCUCGUCGUCGUAGGUUGACCGCAGAAGAUUUCAACCGUGCUUUGCGCUGGAGCAAUGUCGAGGCUGUCUGUGGUCACGGAUCGCCAGAUGCAGUCACUUUCCGCAGUAUACGAGAUGGCGAUUGCCACUGCGUUGAGGACAAGGACAUUAAUCUAGUAGAGCUGGCACUAGCGACAAACAUCCCUAAAGGAACUGCAGAGACCACUGUUAGAGUUCAUGUCUCGUAUCUAGACGGGAAAGGAAACUUGGAGCAUCAGGGUACAGUCCCUGCAGCAGUCUCUAUACUGACGGACGAUCUGCUGAAGUAUUACCAGCGUGUUACGCGAGCUGUGCUUGGUGACGAUCUGCAGCUCAUGAAGGUCGCUCUUCAGGACUUACAGACGAAUUCAAAAAUCGCCGCCCUGCUUCCGUACUUUGUGUAUGUGGUGAGCGGGGUAAAAUCGGUGAGUCACGAUUUGGAGCAGUUAAGCCGCCUCUUGCAGCUUGUUCGCGCUCUCCUGUGGAAUCCCUUUUUGUACUUGGGUAGUUACGGCUGCAGUCUCAUGCAGAGCGUCCUGUACUGCGUGACCGAACCUCUUGCUGCUUCCAUCAAUCCCCUGAAUGAUCACUGGACACUGCGAGACUAUGGGGCUGGCCUCCUUAGCUGUAUAUGGACGCACCAUGACCUGGCAGGAGCCCUGUACCCACAGAUCCUGCAGUCGUUACAGAAGGUGUUGGGAGACCCGGUCCGCCCGCUCUGCUCACACUAUGGAGCUGUGGUGGGAUUAAAUGCAUUAGGAUGGAAGGCUGUUGAGCAAGUAUUGUACCCUCUGCUUCCCACUUACUGGUCCGGUCUGCAGACCGUGCUUGAUGACCAUUCUAUGUCUAAUGCACAAGUCAAGGCUGACGGGCACAAGGUCUACGGUGCCAUUCUGGUGGCAGUGGAACGUCUCCUUAAGAUGAAAGCUCGUCACUGUGACCCAACACCGAGUGUGGACACAACAGCGUCUGCCCACUGGCCUCCCCCCUCUGUCUCUCUUCUUGAGAUGUAUCGUGAGCUUUAUUGCUUUUUUGGAGACAGCCUAGCUGUGCGCUUUGGAACUGGGGGAGCCCCAUUUCACAAGGGGACCUUGCCACGUGAACCUCAGGAAUCAAAGAAGGAAGCACCCGCUGAAGGAGCACGGAAGAUGCCCCAGCUCACUGCCCAUGGAGAAGAGGAUAUAAAUGCUGGUAGGCAGCAACAGCGCCCCUCACCCGCCCCACUCACCCCUACCCCACGCUCUCGAGGAACUUCCCGCCAGGGGCAGAGGUCUCAGGGUGUAAGGGAGGCGUUCCAGAGGAGCAGGCUGACACCCCGCGGAGCACCUCGGUUUACUUUCCUGAUUGGAGGAAGGCAAGCUGGCCGUGCAGGAGGAGGCCGCAAAUUCCAGAGCGUUUUCCAGCUUCACACUGGGCCUCUAGCCACAGCCUCUCGCUACGCUCAAAAACUGCCAAUGAUUGGAAGAGUGGCGAGAGCGGGGCGCAAGGGGCCACAAGCCGAGCUGUCACUUUAUCUUCCCUUGUGAUGGUUCUCAUGUUGGUAGAACGUUUUCCUGGCACUGUACACCCAAAUUACAAUCAGAGUGGCACUGCAUACUACAGUGACUUUGUACAGACAAGCAGAACCACUUACAGCUUUCACUUGAGCUCUGGGUGAUUCUAUUGAAGGAGCAAUUCAAUCGACUUGGAGCCGUCAUGGAACUGUUUUGACUCUUGGUGUCACACUGUCAUAAUUAAAGGGAUACAAAAAUCACCUUAAUAAUAUAAAAUGCUAGUUGUGCAAACCUUUUUUCUUCUCAUUCUACAAUAUACUUUCAAUAAUUUUAUCCUGAUUUCUGUCAUUUUAAGUUUGAGCAUUGUGGGUUUUCCAGUUCUGAGAAUUGGACGUGCAAACUGUCUUCACAAGCUUAAACCUGCUUAAAAAUCUGUCCGUAAUUGGCCUCAGCAGAGGUGAUAAGAUAAGCUACUGAGAAACAAUGCAGUUUUUGUUAACAUGACAGUGGCUAACCUUAUCUACUCCAGUAACAAGUCCGAAUUGUCUCCUCCAAAUAAGACAAAUGGUUGCAGCAAGCAAGGUGUUAAUGUAUUCAGAAAGUGUUGACAUUUAACUGAAAGUGUUACGUUUAUUAGAAGACUACAGAACAGUCCUGUAUUGACAAGGUGGUUUAUGUGCCUUUUAACGUUUCAUGACUCAGUUUUGUACAAUUUAAAAAUUUACGAAUAUCAAAUUUGCAUUGGUUUCCUUUGAGGAAACUUGUCUCUUUCUUGAGAGCAUACUGAGAUAGACUGGUAAGCGUGCACGUCUUGAGCACUAUAUGGCAACUGUGUUUACAACAAUGUUUGUAACCAUGUUAUAUAGUGUAUGCUUCUGAGACUACCUCAGUAUGCUGUCAAGCAAACAAGCUAACUACAUUUGAUAAUGGAAGUAAUUGCUUUUUUUUCUAUUUUACACUCUGAAUCAUAUAAAUUGUAUUUAUUUUUUCAUGUCCUUUUAUCUCGCAGCGAGUUAGUGCACAGGCAGCUGUAUAAUAGUAACUGUAAUAUCUGUAUAUAAUUGUGACUUGUUUAGUGAUGUAUUUGUAUAACAGAGGGUUUGGGGACUGUACAGACGGAUUACUGAAUACAUUUUCAGAAUGUAUAUAACA